AGAGCUGUUUAAGAAAACUGUGAUAAUUCGUUUUAUCAUAAUUUCGCGUUCCCAUUAUUUUGAGAACCAAAUGCGAUAAUGGCAACGGCGCUGUUCACUCUCCAUCUCUGUCACUUCGGCCGAAAUUUACGAAAAACACUCUUCUCCACUUCCUCUUGUACUCUUCUGAACCCUCGUGACUUCACAUUCCGUCGCAAGUUCCGUCGCCGAAUCUCCUUCUCUGGCUCCACUUUCUCCCGCCGCUUCUCCGCCGUCGCAGCCGGUUCCUUCUCCCGAGAUUAUGAAAUCGGAACAGCAGAUGAAAAAUAUGAUGUGAUUGUAGUUGGAGGAGGGCACGCAGGCUGCGAAGCCGCCCUCGCCUCUGCACGUUUGGGAGCAAGAACUCUUCUUCUUACUCUGAAUAUUGACCGUAUUGCGUGGCAGCCUUGCAAUCCAGCAGUUGGUGGGCCUGCAAAGUCCCAACUUGUUCAUGAAGUGGAUGCGCUAGGUGGUGAAAUAGGGAAGAUUGCUGAUAGAUGUUACUUACAAAAGCGUGUACUCAAUGUCUCAAGGGGUCCUGCAGUUCGUGCAUUACGUGCUCAAACAGAUAAAAGGGAAUAUGCCUUGCAAAUGAAAAAUGUAGUAGAAAGAGCUCCAAACCUUUAUAUUCGGGAGGCUAUGGUCACAGAUAUUUUACUGGGGAAGAAUGAUAAUGUGGAAGGUGUUUGUACAUUUUUUGGAAUGAAAUUCUAUGCUCCAUCUGUAAUUCUGACCACAGGAACUUUUCUGAGUGGUAAAAUUUGGGUUGGUAGAACUUCUAUGCCUGCAGGAAGAGCUGGCGAGUCUGCUUCACAUGGAUUAACUGAGAACUUACAGCGACUUGGUUUUGAAACUGAUCGGUUGAAAACUGGAACCCCAGCACGAGUGGACAUUCGCACCGUAAAUUUCUCAGGAUUAGAACCUCAGCAUGGAGAUGAAGAGGUUGGCUGGUUUAGUUUUGACCCUGAUGUCCAUGUUGAAAGAGAACAGAUGUGCUGCUACCUAACCCGUACCACAAAUAGUACUCACCAGAUAAUAAGAGAGAAUUUACAUGAAACUCCCACUUAUGGAGGAUGGGUUGAAGCCAAAGGACCUAGAUACUGCCCUUCCAUAGAAGAUAAGAUUGUAAAAUUCCAAGAUAGAGAGUCUCAUCAAGUAUUUCUUGAACCAGAGGGUCGGGAUGUGCCUGAGCUUUAUGUGCAGGGGUUCUCGACGGGUUUGCCGGAGAGAUUGCAAUUACCUUUGCUGAGAACUUUGCCUGGACUUGAGAACUGUUCAAUGUUGAGGCCUGCAUAUGCUGUGGAGUAUGAUUAUUUACCCGCCCACCAAUGUGCUAGGUCUCUUAUGACAAAGAAAAUACAAGGAUUGUUCUUCUCUGGUCAGAUAAAUGGAACUACUGGCUAUGAAGAAGCUGCAGCACAGGGCAUUAUCUCUGGUAUCAAUGCUGCGAGACAUGCAGAUGGUAAGCCACUCAUUGUUCUUGAGAGGGAGAGCAGUUAUACCGGAACUUUAAUUGAUGAUCUAGUUACCAAGGACCUGCGAGAGCCGUACCGCGUGUUAACAAGCCGCUCAGAGCAUCGGUUACUCUUGAGAUCUGAUAAUGCUGAUAGCCGUCUUACUCCUUUGGGUCGUGAAAUUGGGUUGAUAGAUAAUAGACGCUGGAAACUGUACCAGGAGAAGCAGGCUCGGAUUUCUGAGGAAAAGAAGCGAUUGAAAAUUGUCAGGAUUUCAGGAGGGGAUUUGGCUGCGGAGGUUACUCUUCUGUCUGAUCAGCCUGUAAAGGACUCUUCAACAUUGGAAAAUCUUCUUAAGAAACCACACAUACACUAUGGAAUUCUUGAUAAGCAUGGUUUUGGUAACAAAAACUUAUCAAGAAUCGAAAAAGAAUGUGUUGAGAUCGAUAUUAAGUAUGAAGGUUUCAUCUUGCGUCAGCAAAGUCAACUUCAACAGAUGGUUACUCAACAACACAGAGCACUUCCUGAAGACUUGGAUUACUAUGCAUUGACAACUUUGUCUCAUGAAGCUCGUGAAAAACUCUCCAAGGUUAAGCCUCAAACCAUUGGUCAGGCAAGCAGAGUAGGUGGGGUGAGCCCUGCUGAUAUCACUGCUCUACUCAUUGUGCUCGAAGCCAAUCGGAGGAAAGCUCAAGAUCAAAGGAGGUACCAGAUGAUGACUGCCAUUCGAGCAAAUACCGAAGAUGAGGUGCCUGAAGUUUCUUUGACUGAAACGGUCAACUCUGGAUAAGUUUUUAUGUCACUUUGUCACCUGACCAUUCUAUUGAUUUUGACAUUUAGCUGUGCCAUAUUGUGUAUCUGUAUGAUGUAAAGGCUACAAAAUCAUUGUACUAAAAAAAAAAGAAAAAAGCUACAAAAUCAUAGAUGAAUAGGUUUACAGAGAGAUCGGAGAGAAAGGACAAGAAACUAAUU